CCGGGUAUCAAGAUCAUGUUCUUUGUCUAUUGAAAUCGUCAAUAGGGAAUUACCUCUUUUGUGUACGGUCCACACACACAGGUCUGACUGUGAUUCCUUUCCAUGCACGCAGGCUUGUGAGAGUAUCUAGUGAGGGCAAAACAACUUCGAGCAAGUCGAUAGCAUCGAGCUAGGCAGCAGACAUACCGCCAAGCGUUCACAUGCUGCGCUUGAAGCGCGCAUCAACCCGCUUGUCGCGUCGUACUGUCCAGACUUCGCUGACCGUACACCACGAAGCUCAGAGACUCGCUCCAAAGGCAGAAGAUGUAUCUCAGCAAAGCCGUCAUCAGUGGUAUGUACCAAAUGAGCUUUCGCGUGCCUUUCACUAACUCGAUAGGUUUCGCCGCGCUGCAAGUCGAGGUAAUGGAGAUAGGCGACUCCACAGCAAUCAUCAAACCUGUCACAAUGUCCCUUGGAACCGACUUUUGGUACAGCGCUGGCCCCGGCAUGCAACUCGGCGAUGUGUAUCUCCAAGCGGUGAAAGUGGAUAACGAUCCCAUCGUCUCGCCGCCCAUCAAAUGUGUCCCGAUUUGGCGCUACAUCGAUGGCACUUCCAUCGAAGGCUCGGAAUUCGGCGAAGGUCAGAAGAGCUCACCCUAUCGGGUCCUUCGCAGUGGCAUCGUGGAUGCUGUUCACAUCACAUGCUCGGCGACCUAAAGAGUACGCAGUCCGAUAUUUGGUCUAUCGUCUGCACCAGCUAAUUUAUGCUCAGAAUCGCCUCAGCCUGGAUGCAGAGCCGAAGCGCGCUACUGGGCACUGCACAAUUGCAGCAGUGAGGAGGGACAACUGCACCGAAGAGACAUCGCAAGCUUUUACGUCGUCUGCUCUGCUCCAUCGUCCAGCACUUUCGUCCCCUAUCAGAGACCCUCACAAAUUGCAAGUGACAGGUUUGAAGGAAUGCGCUCCACUUUGUGACAACGGCGAAGGCGUCAGGGAGCUAUUCAUUGAACUCUCGGAUCGUUACAUUUGGGGAGGAUGCCUUGUCGUCGAAUAGCCGUUGCAAGUCACGAGCGUCGGGUGCUAAACAGCCAAAUGACCAGACCAGCAGCGAGCUCUCACGAUUGCCGCCCACAGGGCACAGGCGUGCGCAGAAACUGCCACAUCGAAGCCAUUUCGACACCAGGCGACUGUAUCUAGCACCGCGAAGAAUGCAUGUCUCUUCUCUUGGUCG